AUGACAGGCAGAGAGAUUCUCCACAAGAUGAAGUUGAAGGCUGGAUUCUGCGGAUCUGAUGAGGCGGGCAGAGGUAAGAGCAAGACGUGGAAGAACAUGGCGCACGGUUUUCACUUUGUCAAAGGCAAAGCGAGCCAUCCCAUGGAGGACUACGUUGUGUCUGAGUUCAAGAAAGUGAACGGCCAUGACUUGGGUUUGUUUGCCAUCUUCGACGGUCACUUGGGGCAUGAUGUUGCCAAGUACUUGCAGACCAAUCUCUUUGACAACAUUCUCAAAGAGAAGGACUUUUGGACUGAUACGGACAAGGCUAUAAGGGAAGCGUACACAUCAACAGAUGCUGCGAUAUUAGAGCAGUCGCUUAAGCUUGGCAAAGGAGGAUCAACGGCAGUAACAGGAAUUCUGAUAGAUGGGGAAAAGCUAGUGGUUGCCAACGUUGGAGACUCGCGUGCGGUGAUGUCAAAGAAUGGUGUUGCAUCUCAGCUCUCGGUUGAUCAUGAACCAAGCAAGGAGCGAAAGGAAAUCGAGAGCCGUGGUGGCUUUGUAUCAAAUAUUCCAGGGGACGUCCCAAGAGUUGACGGACAACUAGCGGUUGCAAGGGCGUUUGGAGAUAAGAGCUUAAAGAUACAUCUGAGCUCUGAACCGGACAUAACACACCAGGCCAUCGAUGGUGAGACCGAGUUCAUUGUUUUCGCCAGUGAUGGAAUCUGGAAGGUGAUGACGAACCAAGAAGCUGUGGACGCGAUCAAAAGCAUAAAAGAUCCACAAGCGGCAGCCAUGGAGUUGAUAGAGGAAGCAAUCUCUAAGAAAAGCAGAGACGACAUCUCCUGUAUCGUUGUAAGGUUCCAGUGA